AAGGGAUUAGAUAACGAAACUCAUUAAAAGCAGCCUACUUCAACUCUCACUAUUACUUGUCUCUUGUCGCCACUCUUGGCUCUUUUUCUUAUUUACAAUGACCCAAAACAAAAUUGCGGAUCUCUAUCGCUGGGUCGAUUCCUCCACCACUGACGAAAAAUUUCCUUCCACGGCCUUUCAAAUCGGUACCGAUAGCCAAGGCCAUGCUGUUUACAUGGGAAGAGCAUACUUUAAUAACACUUUGUCUCCUGUCCACGUCGUCCCACAGCGCAAGAUAGCUUACCUGCCUAACGAUGGCAAAGAACAUACUGUUGAAAAAUUUCAACUUUUGUGUUUGAACCAUUUCAAAUGGGUGCCAAGUACGGCAGGCAAAAUACUUCCAGGGGCGGUACAAGGUGGUCGUAAUCCCUACGGUUUACCUCUGUAUGUUGCCAAAGUGUCUUACCAAGAAAGCUCGAUUGUCGGAGUGAUACAUCCGCUUGCGGAAUAUUGCUCCUUCCCUUACCAAGGCAAACAGGUUACAACGCAGAAUCACCAGGCCCUAGUCUCUCACUUCUAUGACGAGUAAAUGUGGAUUUUAUGUUAAAAAACAAGUUUCAUUUACCAAAAAGGAACGGAGGCUCAUUUUUCGUAGAUGAAACUUUUUUCUUCUUGCAUUAUUCGGUUUUAUAUUGUAACACAGCUUUAAAUCGAUAAUAUAUUUUUUUUAAUACGAAA